AUGUUAAAUAGUUAUGAAGCAUACAUCACCGAUUUUAAUAAUUCAAUUGAAAUAGAAUCAGUUAAUAAUGUUUUGCUAGAGUUUGAUGAAAUUGAUUAUUAUUCUCUUACUCGUCGUGCAAAUGUAUAUCGCAUAUUGGAACGUCAAGAAGAGGCACUUGAAGACCUCAAUGUUUUGUUAGAAACCGAUUCAUAUGAA